CAACACCAUCCCCUGAACAGAAUCCAGAUCGCCGGAGCUCUGUUUACUCCCACCAUGAACCAGAAUCAGCAGCCCCGCAGCCCCUCCGAUUAUCGCGAAGAGCCCAUCAAAUACGGCGACCUGUUCCCCGUCCAAGGUGACCUCGCCGGAGAACCCAUCCGCCCCCGCUGCGCCGGCUUGCUGGCCUUGAUGCAGACCGCCGAGACCCUGCUCACCGGCAAGACCCACAAAGGCGGCGCCGCCUCCGUCAUGCAGUCCGCCGCCACUAUCAAUGAGCUCUCCGGCCAUGUCGCCCAUGGCGAUUUCACCGCCGACCCUGCCGUCCAAGGAGUCACCGUCACCGAAACAGAGAUUCCCGGCGGCAGCUGUAUAGUCAGCGAGAGAGUCGCCGGCCAGACCAUCGUCAGGUUCGCCGUGCCGAAGUCAGAUCAGACAGAUGAGGAAAAGAUAACUAUAGAGACCGUGGUCGGGACAGAGGACAAUGAAAAGAUAACUAUAGGCGAGGCGCUGGAGGCAGCGGCGCUUUCGCAGGGUGAUAAGCCGGUGGAGCAGAGUGAUGCAGCGGCAAUACAGGCGGCUGAGGUGAGGGCGAUCAAAAUGACAGCACCACAUGGGGUGGCGGCGGCAGCACAAUCGGCGGCGGAGAUAAAUUCUAAGAUUGCGAGGGAGGAGGAUAAAAUUACUGUUGGAGAUGUGCUUCAUAACGCAACGGAGAAGCUGGGGACGGAUAAAGAGGUGACGAGGGAGGAUGCAGAAAAGGUGGUGGGAGCGGAGAUGAGGAACAGAGAUGAUUUGAGUACGGUGGCGGGCGGUGUAGCAGAUUCGAUCACGGCGGCGGCUCGACUCAACGAGAAGACAAAUGGUGCUUAAUUCAAUGAUUAUUUUAUCUGAAGACGAAGUAGGAAAUGUUUUGAGCUACAUUUUGCACUAGUUUUAUAUGUUUUGCGGUAGUUGGGAGGGAAGCAUAUUUACGGCUUAGCUUUUGUGAGAGUGGACAUUUGAAUAAUUAAUGAUAUUCGAUGGCUGUUUUGACUAAA